AUGACCACAGACGCGGGUUUUAUAGCGGGUGUAACAGUGGGCGCGGCUAUCGCCUCAGCAUUCUUAUUUGCCUGCCUCUACUCCGCAUACAGGGCCGUAAUGGACCGAAGGAGGAUUGUGGCAAAGAACAAAUACAUCCGUGAUCAGAGGUUACUAGCAGCCGCAGAGUGUGAGACAGGAGCACCAGUCGCAGAACCAGCUGUAGCUGAACCGGCUACAUCACAACAGCUACAUAAGCAACAUUUGUCUCCUCCAGAGGGAAUAGGACGACAGCUAAGAGCAGGGAGCGCCCCUAACAUCCAAGAGGCAAGAAGAGGGUCGGCAUUCAAGCCACCACCAACACCAACGGAGAAGAGGUGGACAAGACAAGGGCUUCAAUACCGACACGAAGGCGGCUGUGUUCACAUUCACAAAACAGACAGUACCAGUGGAGACGCAAAUUCUGAGUGCGGGAGUAGAAAGAACUCGAGGCAGAUGGAUACAGCCGAUCUUGAAGGUGAUGUCUUUAUGACAGUACCAACGACGCACCGGCAACGCUCGGCCUCAGCGGACGUGACACACACGGCGCAGUCGCCGACAGACAGAUCAUCCACCACCAUCACGAUAACCCAACCUCCACAGAAACCGGUGUAUCUUAGUACAGAUGGGUCAGGGACGCAGCCACAGAGCACAACGGAGGCACCCAAGUCCGCUCCAGGCUCUAAAGACCCGUCUUGGGUCUAGAUGAACUGUAUUCAGCGGUGUUGAAUCACUGUUGCCCUCUUCCAGAUUCGAGAACAGCUUUGAAUUAUGGCCUAGUCAUUAUUCUAAACGAUGCAGCUUCGAGAGGUCGUCGGAUCAACAUCGGACCAUCCCCCGAUCUACGGCUCUAGGGUCAAAGACAGCCACCAAGAUGCCGAACAGAUUCCCUGUGGUUGAUUAGGAUUGUUUGAAUUUGAUUCGAUGGAAGCUAAAGCUUUGAGCAGUAUGUGCCCUUGGUAUAAUCGCCAAAUGCUCUUUAGAGCAACCGUAUCUUCGCCUUGAGGAUUACAAAAUACGGAGGAUAGGCGAGAGUGGUCUAAGUAACAAGGCUGUGAUAUCAAGGUAUCAAAGGAAAAUGCUUCAUGUCGACAAAAUUAAUAGUUGUGGCCAGUGGACGACUACAAAGUAGCACCCGACAUACUGGCAGUACCAAGUACUACUAUAUACACUAGUUAGACUAGUCGUGAGAGUUUAUUUCUCUCUAAUAACCAGAUCAUAGACUGCCAAGUUGAACCACUGUGUAAAGACGAUUAUUUCCAUGUAGAAAAACGAAAUUACAAUACCAGAUGUAAAUCGACGCUUUUAAAUACAUGUUAUAUAACCACAAGUGCAUCAUGGAUUUAAAUAUUGAACGGAGUGCAUGUUAAUAGCGUGUUUGUGUAUGUGUGUGUGUGUUAGGAUGCAGCGUUAGUAUUUCAAACAAAAUGAAUUAGGUAGAUCAAUUAGAUAGUAUAAGCAUAUCUCAUUCUCGGAAUUAAUAAAGGGGCAAUUAAGAAGCAGGAAGCGAUUAUGAUGUGUUUUUCCAGACAUUUUGUAUCUUGUAAUUCUACCGCAAUGUUCGUUUAUGCUUACCACUGGGACAAUAGCCAAAGGGGAAUAGCGCUCUCUUAUUGAGCUUCGAAGAGGAUGCCUGUUGAAAUGGAGGGAAAUGUCAUGCAUUUAUCAUGCUUUGCAUGAGGCAAUCCAGGCAAUGCACUGCCGUAGAAGAUGACAAAUAUUACUUUUGCGGUUUAGAACAAGUUGCGCUACUAGAGUUUCAGCCAUGCAAGUGUUAUGUUAGAAACGCUUUCAAACAGGCUGUUAGUUCCUAGACAUUGAAGUGAUCACUGCGGAAGUUUCAUCUGCUUGUUUGAUGUUACCAUAAGAUGUUUUGAUGUUACGUUUGGGUUCAUAUUCAAUCAUCAUUUGUCGAUAAGUUGAAAGGAAUAAGAAAAAGAGGACGAAGACGAAGAAAAGACGAAGAAGAAGAAGAGAAGAAAAGAAAAACAAUAGAUGGGGGAAGAAAGCAUUUUCUUUUUUAAAACACGGAGAAUCCCUGUCACCUGAUGAAAGUUUUCCAGGUCGAGUGAACAUUUCGCUGUAGCACGGACCUACAAAGAAAUAGACAUUGAUCGGUUAGUUAAUUAUUUUCAUAUUUGUUUUAUUCUAUAAUGGUCUCCGAAAUAGAUAUUGCAUGAAAUGCAUGCGCAGGAGAUAAUCGCUUAAAUCCUGGAAAAUCAAUGUGCAGUUUAGGUUUACAAUUGGUAGUCUUAGUUGUAUGUGUUUUGUUUGGGAAAAUGUAUGCAUAUUUGAAGACAGAAAUACAGAUUUUCAAGACAUAUAGUUGGAAGUAAGGUACGCCAUUAUUUUCGUCAUACCUUAUAUAAUAUUCCAGCUCUUCUUGUCAGUGUCAUUGUCAUCGAAGCGAUGUACUGUCUCAUUGAUGGUAUCGAAAGUGAUAAGGAGCGUAUUUGAGGGGGAAAAUGUGUAUAUGUAUGGAAUGAAGUAUAAAUAACGCACGGAAAUAAGUGCAUGAACAACAUUACAGUGCAUGAAAGGUUCCUUAAGUGUCAAACUGUGCUGCCCGAGCCUGUUGUUGAGUUCCCAGUGUGCACCGGCUAAAGUAACCGAGCAUUCAUUGCAUUUACUUUCAUACACGACAGUGCAAGUGCAUUAUUUGUUGUAUAAAAUGGCGACACCAAAAAUGCAAGUUCUUAAAGGAAGUCCGUAAAAGGAGUAAAGUUAUGGUACUCUUCUACAAUUCUUACAAUAGUAUUGAUCUGCUGGCGCGUGCAAUGUCAAUUUUCGUUGGAAAGUUUUUGCAUUGUAAAGCAAAAAGUUGAAUGGCUUGUGACACGUUUUGACCAAUUGCGAUUUUUAAAAAUAAUAAUAAUACAGUGUUUCAUUGAAAAAAUACUUUAUUUGCAAUGUGUCCAUUGAAAUGUAAAUAAUAUUGUAGUAUUCAUGAUAGAUAUGGAUGAGAUUGAUUUGAUAAAAAAAACGUGUAGUGAUAAAAGAAAUUUAGCAAUAAGAAUUGCUCCGUGAGAAGUGAGCAGUUAUUUCCAUGAAACAUUUGUGAAGUGUACUGUAGGUAUUGACUAAAAUUCGUUUGAAUUAGUGUCAGAGUAACGCGUCAUUUAGUUAGGAUCAUUAUUAGUUAAAAUAAGAUUAAACUAUAUUCAAGUAACAUAUACAGGCGAGUUUUAGAUCAUUACAGAUCAGUCACUGAGAACAUAACUUCCAGAUAGUCGUCCAGUCAUCUUUGGUAAAUAUAAGCUGUUGAAAGGAGUACACAAAAAUACACAUCAUCGAGGGGAUUGAUAAGAAUUACACGCAAAUGUAACAAGUUUGUGUCAUUAUGCUAAUUCACGAGCAAAAUGAUGUGUAUUAUAUGGUUUAAAAUAAAUUGAUGUAGAUCCUUUUUAUUUGAUUACCCAUCCUAAAUUCCUAACUAUGACCGGUCAAUAGAACUAGUCAUUAGUACAAGUCAUUAGCAUAUUUGAAUGUUAGUUAAAAAUGAUGACUGGUCACGGUGAGGAAUUUCAGCCGGCUAUUUGAUUAGGAUCCAUAUCACAAUUUGUAAUGAAUAUCAUAUCUCACGGUGGGAAUAUAACUUUUUAACAUGUUCGUAUGAUGUUUUGGUGGUAUAAAUUUGAUUUGGCUAAUCGGUUGUGAAUACUGCACAGAUGUUUGCAGCCGAGAAAAUGUAUCGUUGGCCAGUUUCGUCCAAUAUUCCGCAUCUCCGCCCAUGCAUCGCUCCUCCUCCCCCUUCUCCCCCUCUUAUUCAUAUACAUUCUUCCUUUCAAAAGGCGGGCACUGCCCACUAAACGCUCCCUUGCUUCAAAAUGAGUUAUAUCAUUUGUUGAAAUAUUUUUCCCCAAAUUAUCUAUGUUUAAACAGAAAACGACACUGGUCUUAAAAUGAUAUACAAUAAUAGUUGACAUAUUUCUCCACGGCUACCACAAACAAUUCAUCAUUGCGGUGGUUGAUUGAUGAUUAUGAUAAUGGCGGCUAAACUGUUGAAUAAGUCGCAUUUUAUAUACAUGUAAUAUGAUUAUAACGCUUUAUUGUGUAUAGCAGUGUGUUCAUGACUGCAGCCUAUAAUGCAUUAGUCAAAUACCGUGUACUAAUGAAGGUUUUUAAUGUAAAUAUCUUGCAUCGAUGGAUUUAUAAUUUUGUUACGUUUGACUUCGUGGUUUUGGUAUUUCUGUUCUAUUUUUUUAAACGUUUGUUCUACGAAAGCAGAUUCUGAACUAUUCAUACUUGAAUAAAUACCAUUCAUAUAGUGAUGAAUAUUUCAUAAUGCUUGUACCAGAAUUCUAUUGUUUUCCUUUCUUUCAACAUGUCGUUUCGUAUUAAACAUCCUGAUUACAAUGAGGGGCGACAGAACUUUGAUAGGGAAUGGGGCAAGAUCACCUAUUUUUCCAUUUUUUAAAUAGAAUUACAGGGGUAAUAUCGUGUUAGACAGACAUAUAGAUAGAUAGAUAGAUAGAUAGAUAGAUAGAUAGAUAGAUAGAUAGAUAGAAAGAUAGAUAGACGGACAGAUAGAUACAUAGAUACAUACAUACAUACACACAUAAACCGGUUUAUUACAAGAUCAUCACAGCCAAUGGCCGAAUUGUGAUCUAUUGUACAGACAUGUAAGUGAUAUACAAGUUUUCAUGUAUCAUGAAAAUUUCAAAAUGAUACCAAAAAAAACUAACUAUUUGGUGAUCUUUGGGAAUGUAGAGUCAAUGGAUAAAAGGAGAGAUGUGGCAAUAAGCUAGGGAAAAGAAAGAAGGAAAUAGACGAAUGUAAAUUGAAACCAUAAGUAGGUGGUAGGCAGUAAAUGGAGAAGACGGAAAAGGGAGGAGGCAAAGGUACAUGCAGGGCCCUGGGAACGAUUUUUGGACAGGUGGUACUGAUGUAAACUUG